CAGAGGAGGAUAAGCGGGCGGAACGGGAUCCCAGGCAGAGCCGGGGCCCAUCCAGGAGGCGGACAGCGGGUUUGGAGGUGUUAAGUAAAAGGCUGCAUCAUGCGUGAAUACAAGCUAGUAGUCCUUGGGUCGGGUGGUGUUGGAAAAUCUGCCCUGACAGUCCAGUUUGUCCAAGGAAUUUUUGUUGAAAAAUAUGACCCAACAAUAGAAGAUUCAUACAGAAAGCAAGUUGAAGUUGAUGGGCAACAAUGCAUGUUGGAGAUCUUGGACACAGCAGGAACGGAACAAUUCACAGCAAUGCGGGAUCUGUAUAUGAAAAAUGGACAGGGCUUUGCAUUAGUGUACUCUAUAACAGCACAGUCCACUUUCAAUGACUUGCAGGACCUCAGAGAACAGAUUCUCAGAGUAAAAGACACUGAUGAUGUGCCAAUGAUUCUGGUUGGCAACAAGUGUGACUUGGAAGAUGAAAGAGUGGUGGGAAAAGAACAAGGUCAGAAUCUAGCAAGACAGUGGAAUAACUGUGCGUUUUUGGAGUCUUCAGCUAAAUCGAAGAUAAAUGUCAAUGAGAUAUUUUAUGACCUUGUGCGACAGAUUAACAGAAAAACUCCUGUACCAGGCAAGGCACGCAAAAAGUCAACAUGUCAUCUGCUUUAAUACACAGAUGUGCUGUAGCUCUGAGCCAGGUCUGAAGAACUGUUGUCUGACAACAGUGCCAGCAUUCCAACUCUAUUAACCCUGUCAACGAUUUCAAUGGACUUUCCUGUGGUGGUACCCUUUACGAAAUGGAUGAAAGUUGCAAGCUCAGAUUGUGCACCAUCAAAAACCCUGCCCAAAAUCACAAGAAAGAUGCCUGCUUCGAAAUGUUCUUCACGUAUGCAACCGGGAACAGCAGAGCCAGCAUCCAGUAUUACUGCUAACAGAGACAUUGUUCACCCAGCAAUGUUUUUUGCACGUCUGAAAACGUGCACUGUGUUCUUUCACGAGCCCCUCCUCUCUACAGGAGUGUACAAUGAAAAGCACCACUAUUUUAGCUUACUAAACGAGAAUGUCCAAAGAGCUUCUGUAAAGACUACUCCUGAUGAUCUUGCAUCUUUGGUAUUUGUAGCUCCUUGUAACUAUUUUUCCUUUCUUUUAAAGAAGUACAAGAGCAACAUCCAUUGUAUUGUACACAAUGCUUCUCAUAAAUAUAACAAUGAUUUCUUUUCCUUUAUUAGUUUUUAGGGAGUCCAGUGGAGAGUAGUGUUGUCCCCUUCUGGCACUGAAUGGGGUCAUUCAUUCAUUUUUGUUCCUUGUCUUUGUCAACACUUUGCCUUUCAUUAUCCUUUCAAAAGGACACUCCUCGGUUUCUGCUCUUUAAUUAAUUACAGAUUUGAUUUCCCCCGCUCGACGGUUUGUUUACAUAGGGAAUAAUGUUUAUAGAUAUGUAUACAGUGGGGGUCUACAACAAGAAGUGUAUAUUUUAAGAUGCUUUUUUUUUUAAUGAUUUAUGAUUAUUUUGUAAAUCAUUUUCAGGCUUCUGCAGCUGUAGAUUCUCACUGUGUCCCCCUAGCCUUCUCUUUGCUUGCUGAUGCAUACAUGUGUUUGCAAUACCAAAUAUACAGAUUUAGUACAUUUUCCUGUCAGUGCUUGUUUCUCGUGUAUUGUUUUGGUUGAGAUGUUAAAUGGUGGAAGCGUUCAGUGAAUGUGAAUGUGGGAAGUAAUUUUAAAUCACGUGUUAAUUGGUCACCAUACCUGAGUUGCGGUAAUUAACCUUUCUGCUCAUUUAUUUAUCAAUGCCUUGUUGCUUUGUAUGCAUUAAUGUUUGGGUGUAAAGAUUGUGUAUAUAUCCAACAGGGAACCACAGAAAUUCAGCUGACCAACCUAAUGCUACAACUGCUUGGAGGUGGCCAAAUGUAAACUUUAAAAGCCUUAAAUAAAGUGGUGCAAUUUUGUAUAAUGUAGCAUCAGUUCAAUAAAUUUGGAUUGUCAUGCGAGUGCUCGCAUUAUAAUUAACUUCCAUUAUAAAA